UGAGACUUGCUGGGCGUGGAAAGUUUGACUUUCUCCAAGAAAAGGGAAAACAAAUCUCGUCGCUCUUCAUUCUUCUCUUUCCUUUAAAACUUUAUUGUUCAAAAUUUCUCAGUACUUUCUUCACAAACACAUUUAAUUUGUAAAAUAAUUACAAAAAUUCUAUCAAUCAGUCAAGAAAAACAAGUGCCACAUUAAGUAGAAGGAAAUUUAGCUAGAGAUAGUUUAAGUUUAUCCGUCCAUGCAAUCUUAUUCUUCUAACCGAAAACCGAAUACGUGUCAACUUAUAAUUUAUCUUACUUACCGUUCUUAAAAUAUGAAUUAACAGUUAAUUUAACAGUACGAACUUCGAAUCAGGAAUUGUCGUGAGGAAACUAAUAUAAUUUGGGACGUCCUAUUCGUGGGAUGAAUUAUCAAGUCCUCCGUGUCCUUCAUUCGACGACCCAGAAUGUCGACCUUGCCAACGACUAGAAUUGACACACUUUCUCCACCAAAUGGUGCCCCUGAUGGCGGAAGUCCGGCAAGUCAUGACUCGGUGCAACAAAUUCGCCUCAUGGACUUUCCCUCGACUAACAACCAUCAACAAAAUGGGAUUGGAGGAAGCAGUUCUGGAAAUGGCACCCCCACCAGUCAUCUAUUCUCUGGGGGUGCAAAUUACCACACAAUCCCGACCCAAGUGCAACCAGUAAUGCCAGUAACUAAUAAUCAUAAUCAUCACCAUAAUUUCAACAACGACCUCAGUAACUUUACUCUAGUCAAUUUAUCUAAUCAAAACGAUAAUGAGGGGGAGGAAGAAGGAAACGAGGAAGAAGAAUCGCCCAUGAUUCCUCAGCCGCAGUAUCACAAGAAAAGAAAUUCAAUCAAUUAUUUGCCCACGACGAAGCGUGGUUCAUUUAGUUCCUAUCAAAUCCCUGCAACUGCAAUGAUGGGAGGAGGUGGGAAUAAUCAUGGUGGGGGAAAAUUGUCGUCAUCUCUUUCAUCAUCGUCUGAAGAUAGUGAUACCGGAUUCCUUGUACCACAUCGAAAUCAUAAUGGAGGUCCAAGAGUUCGAGGGAAUAAGGAAGCGUGCCAAUAUCGUUUGCAGAAACAGAAUGUUCCCUCGUCGCCAUUAAUGUCGCCGGAUAGAGUGGUGGGCAGUACUUUCCAGCAGGGGAACAAUCGGAAAAGACUGAAAAGGAAACGAUCCACUGGACGAAGAGUCACCAGCAAUCGAAGCAGACCUCAAACUACAGAGGCAAGUGAUUUGUUCCCAAUUUGCUGUUGUUUUGGAGAGGAAGCAGAUAACCGUGAUACACGAUCAUCGCCUAAUAGUGGAUCUUCACUGACAUCAAAAUAUCUUCGGUUUAGUUGUAUCAUUGUGAUGAUUAUCUUUAUCGCUACUUUUACCUCGAUUAUGGUCAGUCUUCAGAGGAAAGUCGACUCGUUAAGUUUUGAAGUCAGCAAACUAAAGUCAGACGGUCGUGACACGCCAUCCCAAGUGCCCUCGGCGACUAACCAAACCAAUCUGACUAAUACUGUAAAUGCCACCCUGGUGCAAGACCUAAUUUCGAAACAAGAGCUACUGAACGUAACAAUUACUUCACUAGCUUUAAAACUGACCGAGUUGACCGACAGAGUUUCUAGUUUAGAAAAGCAACCUUCAAUUGAAGAAGUACGCAAGGACUUGGCUCAUCUCGGCUCCGAGAUGAAAGGAAGCAUCGAGGAAAUGCAGAAAUCAAUUGAUAACUUAAAGCAGAAAGCCGCUGAAGAUAGGGCUGCCUCGAGUGCUACGAAUGACAGUAAACCGUCGCCUCCACAACAAUUGCAGUCUUCUUCCAUGUCAGCUUCAGUCGUUCCUCCAAACAACAAUCAAUAAUAAAAUUGAUACAAAGAUAUACUUUUUAGCUGUACAGCCAAGAUUCUAUUUUAUUUAACAGUUUUUUUUUCAAGAUAAGAACCUUUGAUUUAAUUUAAAUUGUUUUGACAUAACAUUAUUAGAAAAAGAAAGUAGCCAAACCUUAAUAGAUUCUGGUAAAUCUAUGUAAAUGUAAGCGCAUACAUAACUAGGCUACAAAUAUGUUUUUGCACUCGCUAAAAUCGCCGGCGAAGAAUUUUUUCUUAGAAAUCUUGAUGUGCAAUUUUCAAUUGACGUAAACGCCACUGCGCCACGCGUACAUACACUCAAUUAUUUUGCCUUCAAAUUGUAACUAGUUUUUAGAAUAAUACUUCAUUCGAGUACUGUGUGAGCUACCAGGAAUAUUCUUGUCAUGAUGAGAUAAAUGAAAUAGUCAUGAUCAACAUAUAUAUGUAUACGUAUUUUGCAUAAUAUUGUUAGUAAAAUGUAAUUAAUUAUAGAAAUCAAUGUAUGUUUUUAAUUAACAGCGACAACAACGCAACUCAAAAUAACUUGAUUGCUGCAAAAAACUUAAGCCAUUAUGCCAUUCAUAUCUGCACAACACCACCAAAGAAAGCCUAAGAUUAGUUAAUGCUAUGCUAUGUAUAGUGCAUACAUACAUCAAUUUUUGUAUCUACAUAAUUAUAUCAAUCAAUAUGUUAUUGCCAAUAAUAUAUUCUGGAAUAAAAUUAAAUCCAUUAUAAUAAA